CGUGUUCGGCCAGGCCGGGCAGAGCCAGGCGGCGCCGGCGCAGCAGGGCAUGUACAACAACAUGAGCAUCACCGUGUCCAUGGCGGGCGGCAGCGGCGGCGUGCAGAGCAUGAACCCCAUGACGGCGCAGAUGCAGAUGAACUCGCUGCAGAUGCCCGCGAUGAACUCCAUGUGCUCGGAGCAGGUCAGCGACCCGGCGCUGAGACCCGCGGGCCUUUACUGCAACCAGCUUUCCUCCUCGGACCUGCUGAAGACGGAAGCGGACGGGGCGCAGGUCAGUAGGAACGCUCCAAGCGCGGCUCCGGGAUCCGAGCGGGCUCCGCUCGGCGCCCGGCGGGAUGCGAGCGCCGCUCGCGGCAUCGCUGCGGGCUCAUCCGGCCCUCCGGCACCCACGGAGCGCUAA